GAUGUCACUUGAUGUCCAAUGUAAAAUCUGGUCCCUGAAGCAAAACCGGUUUUUCCUAUUAUGGUGUCAGCAGUUUGGGCUCAAUCUGACGGCACCGAUUCACUGCAGAGGAUCCAUUGGUGAGCAAAUGAUGCAAGUGAAACUUAACCUACUUGUCUGAGGGUGAGUACAUUUUCAACAAACUUUCAUUUUUGGGUAAACUAUUCCUUUAAUAUUUGAGAAACCCAUCAGUGAGCAAUUUAGAUUCACCUUGUUACAAGAUGCUCUAAUUAAAGUUCUAACAUAAAAUCUGUUUAGCAUGUUGUUUUGAUGCUGCUGCUGCUUUCAUAUUAGCCUAUCUGUCCCGUGAGAGAACUAGUGAGACACCCUUCGUCUUCGCGCGCAUUUUAAAGGUGUGCACCGAUACGCUCUCGUGCACUCGUGUACAUGUCAGCUAUGGCUCUGUUCUUUUUCUUCUAACUGUAUUUACUGAUACUCUCGUGACUCAUGAAUAUUUCUCAGAGCAGUGCGGGUCUCGGCACAGUGCUGCCUCUUACUAGUUUAGAGAAUGUGCUUUUGUUCCUCUUUAAUGUAAUUCUCGCCACCGCCAUCAUUUUCUUCAACGUCUCCGUGUUUAUCGCCAUCGUGAUGAACAGAUCCCUGCGGAACGAGAACCGCUUCAUGUACAUGCUCAGCACGUGUCUGAGUGAUAUCUGCACGGGCGUCUCGUAUUAUUAUGCUGGACUUAUGGAUGUACGCGAUUAUUAUGAUUCCCCGACUCGCACUUUUUACAUCGUUCCCACUUUUCUGGGUCUGUCCUAUAUGGCGAUUCUGGCCGCGCAAGCGGACCGCUACCACGCGGUCUCUGCGCCUUUCAAAUACUCGCAGCGCAUGACGCGAAGCAGAACCCUGCUGGUGAUUCUGGUUUACUGGGUUUAUGCUUUUUUGAUAGUGGCUGUUAAUAAUUUGGUUACUUUGGGGGUUGCUAAAAGAGUUACAAGCUUUGGCACUUUUGUGGCGAACAUUUUCACCGUCAUUAUCAUGAUUGGGUUGAACGUCAGGCUGUUCUUCAUCGCCAAAUUUCAGCUACAACGCGAACCCCCGAGCGAGGAACGCGACAACAAGCGCGCGUCCAUUUAUCUCAUCGUAAUAGUAGCCGUGUGUUUUCUGAUCGCGUGGUUGCCCCUUUUUCUUCAUGUUAUUGUGUGUAAUUUCGCGGGGUCUACAUGUUAUACGUUCAGAAAUGAGGGUUCAGACCCUCUGCGCAUUCUGCCACGGGUUAAUGCAGUUCUGACCCCUUUAUUGUAUAUCAGGGGCUGUUCAGCACUAAGGAGCACACUACUAAGUAAAGUCUGGAGAACCACAUGCUGCAAGAGGAAAGGUGUGAACCCUCUGUCUAUGGAGAAGAAUGGAGCUGUCGUCUUCAAGAUGUGAUUUCACAAGCCAAGGCAGUAAAGAGUUUAAAAGAUCAAGUGCCAAGUGACAAUCUCACUUUAACAUUUGCUUCUUGAUGUUUUCUGAAAUCACACUGAAGUCACAUUUGUUUCACAAGAUAUUUCAGAUAUCACAGGCCUGCUCUGGUAAGGACGUGGGUGGCAGGCCUCCCAGAUGGGGAAAACUUCAAAUUGUCAAUGUUCUUUGAGAGAAAGAGAUUUUUAUGCCUCCUUCACCAUAGGAAAAAAAAAUGUACAUGCAUCUUUGAUAGAACUUCCACAUGACGUUGUGAUAUUGUAUCUUAUUGUUUUGUCUGUGGUGUCAUCUUUAAAGAACGGGCUAAAGGCGCCUUUGAUAUUAUUUUCAUCUAAACCACUAGAUGGCACAAAAACAUGGCUUAGCACUUUCCAAAACAUUCGCUUUUCAAGAUGCACGUAUAUAUUUAUUUAUCUGAUCUUAGACGCGAUCGCGCGCAGCAGCGCUAAGUUGAUUCUGUGCUUACUUGAUCUAAUAUAUUUAAUGCAUAUAUUUUUGAGGCAAAGGUCUAAUUUAUGAUUUUCAGUUUUGUUUAAGAUAAUUAAAGCCACAGUUUUUAAAUAACGAAGAAUAUGUAAAAGUAUGGUAUUUGGGGUAAAAAGCGCCUCUGCUGUUGGGGCUAAAGGCGCACAGUAAUUAACAUGAUAAUUAAUAGAUGGCUGACUUUUCUAUUUGUUGAAAUGACAUGGUUUGAUUCAGAUGGUAAAUAUCAUAUAUUAUGUUGGGUGUCCAUAUUAGAGAUAAUCACCAUGUUUAGAAUGAAACUAUCAUAUUUAAAAACGUGAUAUUAAUCAUAUAAUAAAAUAUCAUUUGUUGUUAGUUGCUCCAUUAAUGUUCAAUACAACGUAUAUAUUUUUUCUGCAAUUAUACAUUUUAGGCGCAGUGAAUAGCAAAUUUUUUUCUUAAGGGGGGCCUUUAGCCCCGUUGUACCCUAUAUAUUGACCCGAAUAUAAGACGACCCUUAUUAUAAGACGACCCACUUUUUCCAGAUGUACCUUUUGGAAAAAGGCUUUUUGAAAACCAUUUUUAAUUUUUUUUUUACUCUCUCUCUCUCUGUAAAACACUUUUUUUUUUUUCUUAAAUUAUUUUCAUAUUGCAUAUUUCUCCUAUUUUAAUUUUUGUUUUGAAAGUAUGGUAAAUAGGCUACUGGUGAAAUGUACCAACGAUGACACUGAAAAAUGUAUUAAAAAUAACCAUAAAAUGAAUAACCAUAAAAUAACAGGUAGCCCAUCUGAAUUAUAUAACAUUUAGGCAACCAAUUAUAUAACAUCCAUCUCAUAGUAGCAUACCAAAAUUGUAUUAACAGUAGAAGUGAAAUCUUAUUGUAGUCUUCAAAUCUACUGUCUUAUGUUUUAAAAUCACUUACAGAGGAAGUUUGUUCCCAUCAGGCUAACAUGACAGUCACGACUCAUGCCGCUUUUUUGUUUUUUGUAUUUUGUUUUCACUCGCGAUCUUUACAACACACAUUACAUAUUUCAUGCCACACUCGUUUUAUGCGUUUUUGGCGCCACCUAUUGU